AUGAAUGAUCAGACAAAAUCCCUUUUUUCUAUGACCGAACACGGUGAAGAGUCUCGUUCGGGAACCAUGACGGCCCAUCUCCAAAGUUUCGGAGAGUGGCAGAUCCAGAAGGACAUCAUUUACCUUGACAAUGGUGCUUUCGGGUCCUGUCCAAAAUCCGUCGUUGAGAAGCAGAAAAACAUCCGGCAAGACAUUGAAGAAAACCCCCAUGAGUUCUUCGAAAGAUCAUACGUCUCCGGCUUGGAAGCCAGCAGACGCUCUCUGGCUGGCUUCCUACAUGUCGACUAUCGAGACAUCUUUCUGCUUCCUGGUGCAACUCACGCCAUGAACGUUGUCAUUCAGAGUCUCCGCUUCGACCCAGACGAUGAGAUAUUGACUACAAACGUUGCCUAUAGCUCUGUGCGGAUGGUGCUUGACCAUGUUGCGAAGAGAGAUGGCGCUCAUAUCGUUGUCGUCGAUGUGCCUCUGCUAGUCACAGGCCCCGAAGACGUGACGCAGCGCAUCCUUGCUGGCGUCACGUCUCGCACACGUUUCGCAGUCAUCGACCAUAUCCCAAGCCGAACCGGUGUCGUGCUUCCAGCAAAACAAAUCGUCAAGGAACUUGAGUCCCGUGGUAUUGACACCUUGGUCGAUGGAGCACAUGCGCCCGGUAUGAUUCACUUGGACCUCGAGGAUAUCAACGCCGCAUACUACGUCGCCAACUGUCACAAAUGGAUGUGCGCACCACGAGGAAUUGGCUUCCUCCACGUUCGGCGAGACCGCGCUCAGAACAUCAAACCAUUGGUGAUUGCCAGGUCGCCGUAUGUCGUUGGCAAGUCCAAGCACUCUGUGCUUGAGCACAAUUUCGGAUGGAUGGGGACCUAUUGCCCUUCCGCAAUGCUCUCCCUUCCCUCCGCUAUCGAUCAUCUCAAUACGGUGAUGCCAGGCGGGUACAGCGACUUGAGGAGUCGUAACCAUGACCUCGCAGUGUUAGCCCGCAGGAUUGUCUGCAAAGCUAUCGGCGUGGAUGUUCCGUGCCCGGAUAGUAUGAUUGCUGCUAUGGCGACUAUACCGCUGCCAGACUCUCCGGGGCCUGAGCAGGAGGGUAUGCUUCCCAUUCAGCAAAUUCUGUGGAAGGAACAUGGCAUUGUCAUUCCUGUUUACUCUUGGCCUUCAUACCCUAAGCGAGUGGUCCGUUUGUCGGUGCAGGCUUAUAAUAGGUUGGAUCAAUACCUUAAGCUCGCCGACUGUUUACGCAUCGUGCUGCGCAAUGAACGAAAGUCAUUUUCGCUUGCCUCUGUUGGUUCAAUUGAGUUUCCAACUCCUCCAUACACAAGGAGACAAAGUGACGACUCCGCGUACUCUUCAUCCUCAGAGAGCCCUCUGGCGUGCGGAUGCUCCAGCCUUGGAACGAAGACCUUGAGUGCGGGAUACGGUGUGCCUGAGACUCCCUACCAAGACAUUGAGAAGCCAACCCCAGCCAUACUCAGUAGACUCGCGGAAUCCAGAUUACUGAAGAUCUUACGUGGCACAUUCUCCUUCGAUCCUGUUUCCUUGUUUCCCACCGCAGGAGAUUGUGAGGCAGCACUCACUUUGAACAGUGAGAUCCAGAAACAUGCGAACAUGGAGACCUCCAAAAUGGCCUACAUGCUAUCUUGCAUUCCACGGCGCAGAAUUCCACAGAUAAUGGCUUCUUCUGUAUCGCAGCUGCUUAAGACUGAAGACGUAAUUGAGAAUUGGCCUCGCCGAAUGAACACGCUCAAGAAUCAGUCUCAGAUACUCAGUCGAGCCAUCAUUUUUGAGAUGAACGCUCCUAGAGCACCUGCCAAAUUUCCAGUUGAUGGCAGUGAAUUUGUCGGUCGAGUUGUGCCGUAUGAAACAGAAACCCACGAAGAGAACCUCAGUCUGAAGUUCUGGAGCCGUGCUCUAAAAGACUUCACCACCAAGGGAAGAUGGUCUACAGGUCGAGUUACAUCGUUCUUGCAGAUCCAUGCGUUUUUGAGAGAUCCUGUUUGUGGUCUGCGCAACAACUUUGAAUCCCGCAAAAAUAAUUUCCUGAACUUGCUUACCAGGCUCACGAAGGAGCUGGAGGAGACGAGUCAGACCAUACGAGAAGAUGUCGCAGCGCAGUUGGCGGCCGAGUCUUCAUUCAUUUCUCAACCUCUCGUCAGUAACGCAGGCUGCGUUCACUUUUCGGAGGAUCAGCAACUUGUAUACUCAUACGUUGAUAUUUCGGAUAUGGCUCGAUCCGAGUUCUCUUGCCCAGAAAUUGUGAUUGGUAUGAUCAGCGAUAUUCUCAAUUGCAGGUCUGGGGACAAGAUCCGUUUCGUCUCCAUCUACGGACUCUCAAAGCUUCAGGAAGCCGAAGAUAACUUGCGAGAGUACUGCCGAGACAGUGGAUUUGGACCAGUCUAUUUUGUCGACUUCUGCGCUGUGCUACAGAUGCUCCGGAACAAUGCGAUGCACAUAUUGAGCCAGCUUCAAACAUGCGUUACUUUGGGACGCUUCAAGCAUAUUACCCAGGUGCCGUGUCUGAUUACGGAGGAGGCAUCGUUCAUUACCAAGGUGUUGGUCGAUGGAGAGGAGAUUGCACAGCCGAUUCAUCAGUCUGUUUUCGCGACAGAUGAUUUGCUUGUAGCAUUGCCGGCAAAGAUGCAGUGCCAUGGGCGGGCGAAGGGGUUCAAGGCGCUACCAGUUAGGUAG